AGCGACAGCGGCAGGGAGGCCCGGGAGCGGGGAGGCCCGGGCGGAGGCUGCCAUGACCACGGCUCUGUCCUCUACACCGGCCGGAGGGAGCCGCUCCGCCGGCCGCGGGGCUGCCUCCUCUCCGCUGAGCCCGACGAGGCUCAGCCGGCUGCAGGAGAAGGAGGAGCUGCGGCAGCUCAAUGACCGCCUGGCCGCCUACAUCGAGCGGGUGCGGGCGCUGGAGGCCGACAAGACGGCGCUGCGGCAGAGGCUGGCCGAGCAGGAGGCUGGCAGCGGCCGGGAGCUGGGCUGCCUGCGGCUCCGCUACGAGGCGGAGCUGGCCGAUGCCCGCCGGGCGCUGGACGAUAUCGCCAUCGAGCGGGCCGCGCUGCAGGUGGAGCUGGGCAAGAUCGGUGAGGAGCACCGGCAGCUGCACAGCAGGAAUUCAAAGAAAGAAGCUGACUUAAACCUGGCACAGGCUCGUGUGAGAGACCUUGAUGCUCAGCUGAAUACAAAGGAAGCUGACUUAGCAACAGCUUUGAAUCAGAACCGAAGUUUGGAAAAUGACCUUCAUGAAUUAAAGGAUCAAGUAGUCACUCUGCAGCUGUCACUGGAAGAUGCCAAAAAGCAUCUUCACAAUGAAAUGUUGAGAAGGGUGGACCUGGAAAAUCACAUGAAAACAUUGCAGGAACAAAUGACAUUCCAGAAGCGCCUUCAUGAAGACGAACUCAAGGAGACAAAGAGAGUCCAUGAGAGCAGGAUGGCAGAAAUAGAGUCUGGCCGUCAGAGAGAAUUUGAGAGUAAGCUCUCAGAUGCUCUGCAGGGGCUCAGAAAACAGCAUGAAGAACAAAUUCAAGGAUACAAAGAAGAGCUGGAGCGAACAUUCAGUGCAAAAGUGGAGAAUGCCCAGCUUUCUGCAGCAAGAAAUAGUGACUUUGCCAAUGCUGCUCGGGAGGAGCUAAUGGAAACAAAGCUGAGAGUUGAUACGCUGACAUCUCAAGUUAAUCAAUAUCAAAGCCAGAAUGCUGCUUUGGAGAGCAAAAUAAGGGAGCUACAGGAGGCGCUGGAUUAUGAUCGUGAUCUACAUCGAAGGCGUAUGGCUGAAAAAGAGAAAGAAAUGGCCCAAGCCCAGCAGCAGGUACAAGCACAGUUGGAAGAAUAUGAGCAUCUCUUAGAUGUGAAACUGGCUCUAGAUCUGGAAAUAAAUGCCUACAGGAAGAUGCUGGAAGGAGAGGAACAGAGGCUAAAGCUGUCACCUAGUCCAUCUUCACGCAGCACUGCAACUCAAGCAACAAGUCAAGAGCGACGGUUCCUGCAUGGGAAAAAAAGGAAAAUAGCCCAAAAGAGAGAACAUAGUCCUAGAUUUAAGACUGUUCAGCAUGCUUCAUCUUCAGGAAAUAUAUCUAUUGAAGAAAUUGAUGCAGAUGGGAAAUAUGUCAGGCUUAAAAACAACUCUGAUGCGGAUCAGCCACUACAUGGAUGGGUGUUGAGAAGACAUCUUGAAAGUGUGUCAGAUGUAACAUACAAAUUCCCUUCACGGUUCACUCUUCAGGCAGGCCAAGUAGUUACGAUUUGGGGAGCAGCUGCUGGUGUAAGCCCAGGUCCUAGUGAUCUGGUCUGGAAUUCUCAGAAGUCUUGGGGAAGUGGGUAUGAUAUUGGUGUUACUCUUGUCACAGAUGAAGGUGAGGAACUAGCAGAGAGGAAGUUAAUGCAUGUACCUAGAGAAGAAAGUGGUGAGCAUGAUGAGUAUGAAGAAGUAACUGAAAGUGAAAUGGAGCUUCCAUCUCAGACCAAAAGAAGAAGAAAAAAGAAAUGUUGUUUGGUUUCAUGAUAGUGGUUCCUGUGAGCAUCCUUUAGCAGCAAAAUGAGGAUCCUAGCUGUUCUAUCAUGUAAUAUGGACGCAGAUGAUCAUCUGAAAACUUCUCAAUCUCCAGUGACAUUGCAGACUUGUGUUUUGAUAUCUUCUGGAAUAUCUGAAAUUAACUUGGAAUUUGAAUCUCCCAUCUGACCUCUCUGUAAGAAACAUCGUCCAUAACAUGAAACUUUCUACUGUCUGAUAACUGUACCCUGUCUUGGAUUCACUGAUAUAAAGAGCAGUAGAAUACAAGUUCUGUAUUAAGUUGUUAUUCCACUCUAACACAAGGAUCUGGUCCCUGUGACCUGCUGAAAUACAGGAGGGUGCAGUUUACAAAACUGUUAGAUGCACGUCCUAGAAAGAUAAUAAAUAACUGAGAAUGUGUGAGGCUGCCUCAGCUUUCUCAGUAUUCUGACAUGGUGUUUCUCCAAAGGCAAUUUCUGUUUCAAGUCUGGGUGGGAAACUACAUGGGCCAGAUCACACUACAGUGUGGGCUUUCAGUAAGUCCAAACUUGGCUGAAGUGAAAUCUUCACCUGAAGAGUGGUGAGUGUCUGAAACAUUUCCUGCUCAGAUCCUGAUAUGUCUCGAUCACUUCCUAGAGGACUUCCUAGAGCUUAAAAAAGAAUCAAAAGCAAGUUGUGGAAUGUUCCUCUCAUUGAUUAAAUGUACUGUUUCUGUAUUCUAGUACAUAGAAAUGACCAAUGUCAGUAUUUGAUCUUUCUGGAUGCAGUAUAUCACAGCAUAGCUUUUAGUUCUGAUUUGCUGGAACCUUAACUUGGACAGAUAUCCUGCAAAUGUGAAACAUUCCAACAGAAGGUACUGUAACUAGCAAUAUUAGCACUCUCUCCAAAAGGUCCCAAAAUGUCAGCCUUCUAAGGGGCUAGGGAAAAAAACAGAUGCUGAAAUAUUAAAAAAAUGUUUACAGCAAAAGGUGCAUCAAAAAGACCUGCUCUUAGUGUCCCUAUAUGCUAAAUGUCUGACUCAAGGGCAGUCUGCAGGUCUGAUUUGUAUGUCUAAUGGGGGAGCUGAGGUAAUACUAUGUAUUGGCCAGUAUGUAAUUUAUGUUUAAUAGUUUUGUGGCCCACCUGAAGGCUGACCCACAACCUUUGCUGGCUAUGUAGUCAGCCUGUAUUCAAUUACUUCUAGUUUCUUUUUUCUAAAAUGCUUACCUGCUGGCUAUAUGGUGAAGAAAGGGCUUUGAUGAGCCAUGCAAAGUCUAGCUUUCUUCUUGUUAAGAGGAUGAGCAGCUGACACUGCUGAUCUCCCCAGAUGCUGAUUUCUGGCUGCAUCUGUUACCUUGCUAAAAUAUUAAGUUCUGAAUUUUAAGAUCCAGUUUAUAUUUGGAUAGUUAUUAAUGUGAGGCUUUCCUUACACUGGCUUAAUGCUCUUAAUUUAAGCUAUUUAAAAAAGUCUGGUUUUGAGACAUCAAAACUACUGCUGAUUUAAUGCAUUUUAGCAGAUUUGAACUGUUGUUGUACUUUAAGGCCCAUACAGAAAUCCUGUUCUUUGCUAUAUUUAUUAUGUUAAACUUUUACUAUUAAAGAGUUUUCAUGUACAAAUAUGGAAGUCCAAGACUAAUUUACAAGUAAAAUAAUAAAACUGGGUUUGUUUUAGUGUUA